CUCGGCUGGUGUGGCUCCACACUGUAUCCAUCCGGAUAAGGGCUGUUCCCGUGGGAUGUCCCCGGAGAUCCAAGGAACUUCUGCUAGAGAGGCCGGCCUCCCCUGCUAGCCACUAUCUUUGCCGCAGGUUUGGACUCCAAGCCUCACCUUGGGCCUUCUCCCACCAUGAAGCUCCUGCUACUGGCUUUGGCCGCACUACUGCUCUUGUCCCAGCUCACUCCAGGUGACACUCAGAAAUGCUGGAAUCUCCAUGGCAAGUGCCGCCACCGGUGCUCCCGGAAGGAGAGCGUCUAUGUCUACUGCACAAACGGGAAGAUGUGCUGCGUGAAACCCAAGUUCCAGCCGAAGCCAAAGCCCUGGAUGUUCUAAGCGGGGAUGUCGCCCUUGGCAAAGCCGUCCUAGGCUGACCCCGUGGAUCCUUGAGCUCAGUCAAUAAAUGCAC